AUUUAUAUGAUAAAUUGCUGGGUAUUUUGCUGUUAAUAGAUUAUUGAAAUAUAAAAAUAUUGAUAUGACAACAAUCUUACUCCGUUGGAAGACUUAAUUUGCGUUACAUUAGUUAUUAAUAUAGUAAAUUUAAGUUGUAAAUAGACGAAGAAAAAGUUGACCUUGAAGCAGCACAGCUGUCAAUUUCAAAUGAUCUAACCUAAUUGUUAAUGAAAUAAACAAUACCGUUGCUGUUUUUAUGAUUGUGUACGAUGAGAAACGUUGGUGCUCAUCUCCUAGAAGACAAAAUGGACGAGGCCGUAACUCACUAUAUAAAUACACAUCAAGCAAACGAGACUGUUCAUGUAACUACAAAUGGACUACCUCUCAGUGUCCAAGAUGAUGGCGGGGGACGUGUCACCGUCAUGCACACGCAAAACUACUCAGCACCAAUGUGCAGCAGACAAGUAUCAGUCAACGAUCAAGUAACAGAAGGUCAAUGGGGCGAAGAACUCCUAGAUCCUGACAGCAGGAUUGCAGCUAUUGUAGCACAACUAGCCCAGCAGUCGAGAACCUCACACCAUCUACACCAUAAGGUGCAGCAAGUCAGGAACGAUGUAGACACUUCGGUAAUCCUAGAUGGGUCGAUGAGGCUUUACAACGGACAGACUUUGGAACAACAACAAGAACCUAUUGUGGUACACGUACCACAACUACCGCCACUGCCCCCACUGCAAGAAAUGAAGAGAUGCCAGGAAACUGACUGGUUUCAUAAUAAAACAAAAAAUGUUGCAACACUAAAAGACAACAAUCAAAUCCUUACAGCAGCAGACAGUCCAGUUCUGGAACUGGCUGGUGCCUCGCCGGUUCAGAAUAAACACCAGAGCAAGAAAAGCUUGCCGCAUAAGAAGAGGAUAUCCAAAAAAUUGAAGAAAAGUAAUGGGAGUUGCACUCCUCAACAGGACAUAGUUGUGAUUAGCUGUACAAACGAGGUGCCUCAUGAAGAAAUCCUACCUGAUAACUUUGUGACUGGAGUGCAACACCAGGACCAGAUGCCGGAAGAUACUCAUCAUAUCACACACGAGGUUCGACCGAUUUUGUUAUGUCAAUUAUGCGGAGAGUUCUAUGGUGAAGAACAGUUGAAGUUCUUCCAGCAUCUUAAACAGCACUACGAACCUCACACUGCAAUAAUCAUAGAAAAUCCUGUACCUGAUUUAGGAAUUGAUAAGAUGACAAACACGUGUAUCGUUGACAACGUGGCAACCCUACCAGACUCUAUAGUAGAACUCUCCCUAGAAAACACAGUUCCUAAAACAAUGUACCAAAAUAUAGAUAAACAGAUAUUAUAUACGACAAACGAUAAAACACUUAGUUACACGAACAAUAAAGUUCAAUAUUCGAUGGCAAACAUCGAGGGCCCGAAGGACGUGACCAGUACAGACGCCGACAAGAGUGACCUGUACGACACUUUGGAUAAAUUAGAACUGUACAGUUGCGCGAAGUGCAACAAGUCGUUUCGGAAACAGAAGCAAUGCGAAGCUCACAUCAAGGAGGCUCAUUCUAAUGGAAAGAUAGACGACAUGGGCGAGUUCAGCGAACCCGAGGACCUGAUGGAGGGGAUCCACGUGUCGGUGGAGGAGGCGGCCGACCAGUACGAGCACACCCUGCUGCCGCAUCUCACUGUGGACAACGGACACGUGCACCAGGAGCACGUCCGACACUGGUACUCCCGCGGCAACGCGUGCGACGAGAGCGGGUGCUGCGGGCUCUGCAGCAACGCCAGGGAGCACGACGCGCCGCCCCUCAAAGUACUCAAAGAGGAAGUGCUUCAGCGCAUCUUAGAGACGGACGUCACCAACGAACCGAUGAUCCCCGAGAGCAUCAUGCCGGAGCCGGAGCUGCCGCCGCCGCAGUCGCCCAAGGAGCCCCAAAAGGAAGAUAAGAAGAAGACCGGCAAGAAGUACGGGUGUCCGCACUGCAGCAGGGUCUUCUACCACCGGAGCAGCCUGUUCUACCACGUGCUGUCCCACGGCGGGAAGCAGCACGCGUGCAAGGAGUGCGGGAAGGCGUUCUAUACUUCUGGAGCCUUGAAGAUCCACCGGCGCGUGCACAACGGGGACCGGCCCUACAAGUGCGACGUGUGCGGCCACGACUUCCGCCAGUGGACCGACCUCAAGUACCACAAGGUCAUCCACACCAACCAGAAAUGUUUUAAAUGUGAGUUCUGCGGCAAAGAGUUCGCCCGCAAGUACUCGCUCAACGUGCACCGGCGCAUCCACACCGGCGAGCGCAACUACAAGUGCGACUACUGCACCAAGUCCUUCCGCGCCUCCUCCUACCGCCUCAGCCACAUGAAGACGCACACCGGCGACAAGCCCUACAAGUGCGAGCAGUGCGACAAGUCGUUCCGCGUGGCAUUCGACCUGAAGCGCCACGUCCUCACGCACGAGAAGGCGAGGCAGCGUCUGGAGCAGCAGAACAACAAGUCGAGACCCGAGAAGGAGCAGGCGAAGACCAAGCAGGACGACGCAGACAAGAGGUCGAUGGCCGCCAAGGGCGAGCGGAAGGCGCGGGGGGGGCGCAAGCUGCGGAGGGGCGCCCCCAACGUGACCGUCGCCGACGAGCACUUGAAGGUGAAGCAGGAGUUCAGGCCGGAGUACAGGCUGCGCGAGGAGUUCGGCGAGGAGUACCGGGCGCCCUCCGUGCUGCGCGACACCACGGACGGCAAGGUGCACGUGUACACGCACGUGGCGCGCGACGGAGCCCUGCCCGACGGCGCCUUCUUCGAGAAGCUCACCGCGCUCUACAACGUGCCCGCCGUCUAGUGCCUUUGUGUUCAGCACAAUCAUAUUGACGAUCAUUACAUUUAGAGGGGGGAUCAUGCCAACGACACUUUAGGGGGUUACUCUUUGUUUUUGACCGCCCGCCGAGGGUGUCGCAAUAACAUUGACAAAACAAAGCCCCCAACAGAGUGGCACCCCGGGGGACAUGUAACGAUCCCCCUCCGCUCGAAACCCCUGCGUACUUUACAAGAAACAAAUAUAAUUCGAUGCUCAUCUUUUUACAGUGAGCGAAAUAUAUGCAACGAGCAGUCGUUCUGCUAACACUACUGCUACAUUCUGCUAAUUGGGGUUCGACGGUCCGUAAUCUAUUCUAUAUAUAUAUAUAAAAAUGAAUUGCUGUUCGUUAGUCUCGCUAAAACUCGAGAACGGCUGAACUGAUUUGGCUAAUUUUGGUCUU